GAAGAAGCCAGUCCUAUUACAAGUACAAUAAAAACAAACUAAUGAAGUUGUAUUUUAUAGACACUGUAAGAUGAGUUUAAAGAGCCAACAAUGGCGUCUAGAGCACUGAAGCGAGCCGGCGUGUCUCCUGAGUUGUGUCAGCGGCUUAAACGAAGUAAAAUAGAAAGUUGUAAGGACCUGCUGUCUCGGACUCCUUUUGAAGUGAUGCACGCUGCAGACCUGAGUUACCAGGAGACUUUAGAGAUGUUGGAAUCUGUGAGCAGAGUCAUCGCUCCCUCAGCCAUUACGGCGUUGGAGUUGUGGAAGCGACAGUCAGACUCUUAUUUGUCCACAUCUCUGCCAGCUUUGGACAAAGUGCUGAGGGGAGGUUUACCCUCUGGGAGCAUCACUGAGGUGGCGGGACCGUCUGGCUGUGGGAAGACUCAGUUGUGUUUAAUGCUGAGUGUUGUGGCCACACUGCCAAAGGAGCUGGGUGGUCUGGACCGCAGCGUGAUCUACAUUGACACUGAGUCAGCGUUCUCUGCUGACAGGCUGGUGGAGAUCGCACAGAGCCGGUUUCCAGACUUCUUCAGCUCCAAGGAGAAAGUCUUACAGAUGGCAGGGAGGGUCCAUGUCUUCAGGGAGCUCACCUGCCAGGAUGUCCUCAACAGACUGGAGAGACUGGAGGAGAUCAUCAUCUCCAGCGGAGCAGGUCUGAUCAUACUGGACUCAGUGGCUUCUGUGGUUAGAAAGGAGUUUGACACAACAUUGCCUGGCAACCUGAUACACCGCAGCAACCUGCUGGGACAGGAAGCCACCACUCUCAAAUAUCUGGCUCAUCAAUUCAACAUCCCUGUGGUCCUGACCAACCAGAUCACCACUCAUAUUGGGCAUCAAGGUACUGCUGGGGAGGAUUAUGACGGGUUUGUGACAGCAGCUUUGGGAAACACAUGGAGUCACAGCGUCAACACCCGUUUUAUUGUACAGUACGUGGACGCACGCCAUAGACAGCUGUUGGUUGCCAAGUCACCCGUGGCUCCCUUUGCUGUGCUCAACUACGUCAUCCACAAGGAGGGAAUCUGCAUGCAUGAAAAUGAUGGUGAAGAGGGCUUGUACGAAGGCACUGAUCCCAGCCUCCAGACUAUUCGGGUGAGAACUGGACUCGAAAUGCAUACAAAGUGACUCUAUUCUUCCAAAGCACAAGUGCGGUGGCAGUUCCUGGAGGAUGUUUGCCUCUUUUUCCAAUUGUUGUAACUCUUUGUCCAAUUGUUCACCAUGGAAAAUAAAUCUAAUUUGUUACCUUUUGUUAAUAUAGCAUACAACUUUUCAUGAAUGUCUCUCUGAUGUGGUAAAGCGUACUGUAACUUGUCCCCUCUGUUAUGCUAUUUUUUAAAUGUUAUACAAUUUUAAAAAUUUUUGCAAAUUUUUCAAUGUGGUUAAUAAACGUUUUAAAUCUUCUAUGGUCACCAGAUGACGCACUAUUUCCAGCAUUUAUUGUUAGUUUUUCUUUAGUUCCCUAAUGUGUCUUCAUGGAUUAGGGUCAUAUACAUCCUUUGAAUGGACUGAUUAAAACAAUAUGCAUUAUUGUCAGGGAAUGGUUU